CAAACCUACAAACCUGGAUUAUGUAAUCAAUUCAAUUGAUAUAAAUAACCGAUCAACGGUUGGGUAUACACACUAUACCAAUUCAUAAUAACUUCAUCAUGGUCACCAAACUAGCUAUCCCAGUCUUGAUUUUCCUCUUCUUCCAGUACUCAUAUUCAGCAAAGGUAACAUAUAACGUCCUAAGUUUUGGAGCCAAAGCAAAUGGCCGCUUAGACUCAAGAAGUGCAUUCCUAAAAGCAUGGGGUUUGGCCUGUAGUACAACAAAUCCCGCCAUCAUCUAUGUACCCAUUGGCAGGUACUUGAUUGGUUCUGCAAUCACAUUCUCCGGCCAAGCAUGUAAGAGCAAAGCCAUCACGAUGAAGAUAGAUGGUACUUUGGUGGCUCCCUCAACCUAUAAUGCAAUAGGCAACGCCCAAAUUUGGAUUAAGUUUUACCGGACUAACCAUGUUACAAUCUCCGGUGGAACCCUUGAUGCCCAAGGUUCUUCUCUAUGGGCCUGCAAAUCCUCUGGAAAGACAUGUCCUAAAGGAGCUACGACACUUGGCAUCUACCAUUCCCAGAACAUAGUGAUCCGUAAUUUAAGGUCAUUAAACAGCCAAAUGUUCCACAUCCUGCUAUAUGCAUGCACCAAUGCCAAGCUACAAGGGGUGAGCGUCUCAGCACCCAGGCUCAGCCCUAACACAGACGGUAUCCAUUUAUCAUCUUCCACUGGCGUCACCAUCUUGAACUCUAAGAUCUCUACAGGGGACGACUGCAUCUCCAUUGGCCCCGGCAGCUCUAAUGUCUGGAUAGAGAAGGUGGUUUGUGGCCCCGGUCAUGGCAUCAGCAUCGGGAGUCUAGGUUGGGACGUUGUAGAAGCCGGUGUUCAGAAUGUUACUGUAAAAACCGCAACAUUUAUAGGUAGUGACAAUGGUUUAAGGAUAAAGACAUGGGCAAGACGUAGCAAUGGAUUCGUGAAGGAUGUUGUUUUCCAGCAUGCAAGUAUGGUGAACGUAAAAAAUCCGAUACUAAUAGAUGCAAAUUACUGCCCAAACAAUGAGAAUUGCCCGAAUCAGGUUUCAGGAGUAAAGAUCAGCAACGUGCUGUACGAGGAUGUACAUGGAACAUCAGCAACACGGGUGGCAGUGAAAUUUGAUUGUAGAAAGGGGAAGCCAUGCACUAAUAUUAGACUAAAGGAUGUUAACCUCAAAUAUGGGGGUCAACCAGCAGUGUCCUCUUGCUCCUAUGCUGCUGGCACUGCUUCUGGAUUACUUCAACCAACAAGUUGUCUCUAAUUAAAGUACUCGUUUGAGGCUAAUUUUUUAGGCAAUCUUAUUCGGGACUUUUAUACAUCCGAAUUAGCAGACAACAAAAAGAUUGGACUUCCAACUCUAAAAUUAGUUGAAGCACGAGAAUUUCUGAUAGACACUCAAACUCGUGUUUGAUACAUCCGAACAAGCAGACACCUUUUUCUCUUUUUGUGGUGGAUCUAGUUGUUAAUUAUUGAACAAAGCAUCAGAGAGACGAUCGAUUGUGUACAUAGAUCGUGUAAAAUAGGAUAAUUUGUUAUUUCGUAUUUGUUGUAACUUGUACUUUAUAUAUCCCCUAUCAUAAUAAAACAGUAC